AGAUUUAUCAAAGCGCGCCCUCUACCUCUUUUACAUGUGGCUUCUGUGCUAGUUGCGAACCCUCGAGAAAACGCCAAAAUGCAGAACGAAGCCGGUGAAUACGUAGAUCUCUACACCCCACGUAAAUGUUCUGCCAGCAAGAACAUUAUCAACGCCAAGGACCAUGCUGCUAUUCAGAUCAACAUAGCUGAGGUUGACCCAACCAAUGGCCAUUAUAAUGGUAGCUUCAAGACAUAUGCUAUCUGCGGGGCCAUCAGAACCAUGGGGGAGUCGGAUGAUUGCAUCAACAGACUAGCUCUCGCGGAUAACAUUGUAGCCAAGAACUUCAGUCAGUAUUAGAUGUUCCUAGGCAAUCACAACUGAGACCAGAGGAGGUCUUCAAGCCAUUGACGGAACAUCAAAGUCAACUAGCUGGUUUGAAACAUUUGGCUUACAGACUUUCUACACAACGACACACCAGAUUGGCAACACUUGUCAUGUGCAGUUGUUCCACUUGAACAGAUCACAUCCUGAACAAAAUAAGUUUCUUGCAUAAGGAAGAUGAUUUUUAUAAUGCAUCUUAAGAUCCUAAUGUUACUAUUUCCUGAACUACCAGUUAAUGUUAAUAUCAAUACUGAAUAAAAAUGUGUCUCAGUUGUGAAAAGUAAA